CGUAGGGCCACGUGGAGGGACGGGCGCCAGCUAUAAUUUCCCGUGAAGGGAGCAAUCUCCACUUUUCUAGCCUUUUUCCCUGUCGUUCUUGUUAUGCAUUACAGAACAGAUGAAGAAAAACAGUUAAGUGUAUCAGAUUCUCUAUGCCCUUAAGGGCUUCCAGUAUUAACAGUUUCUCAUCUUUCUCCUCCACUUCUUAUGGUCUUGGGAGCUCAUCAGUGAUUAAUAGCAGCAGAGAAGCAGGGAGAAGAUGAGCGCUAAGGAGCGAUUCCCGUCCUUCUUCAAGAUUAUUAUUGCCGGUUACCCCAAUGACAGAUUGCGAAUUCCGCCACACUUUAUCCAGAAGUAUUUAUCACAUGAAAUUCCCAGUGGAGUAACUUUAAAGGGCCCUUCUGGCAGCCAUUGGCAUGUCAAGCUACAAGAGAGAGAAAAUGGCAUAUUCCUACAUGAUGGUUGGCCACAGUUCAUAAAAGAUCACUCCUUGGGGGACUAUGAGUUAUUAAUUUUCAGAUAUGAGGGGAACAUGAGUUUUAAUGUACAAAUCUUUGAUAAGAGUGGAUGGGAGCGAGUUAGUGUAUGCACUGACAGAAACCAUGUGGAAUCUUCCAGCUCUAAUGGAAAAAGAAAAAGGGGUAGACCAAGAAAAUAUUUCUCGCACCUCCAUCUGCCAAAGACUCAUGAACACAAUCCAGGAACAGGUCAGUCAGAUGAUCCUGAGAAAUUGAAAGAAAAGGGACAAAUUCAAAUGAAGACUGGAAUAGAUAAAAGCAGAGCAAAGGAUGUAUGGCCCAAGAAAUUUAAAGAAAAUGAGAACAUCCAAAGGAAGAUCAAGAAAGAAGAAGACCUGUCUGCCCAGGAAAUGGAGUUACAUGAUAGUCACAUACUCCGAAGAGGGCAGCCUCUAGCUGAAGAAUGUGAGAGGGUUUGGAAAAUGGCCAGGUCAUUUAACUCUAGAUUUCCCUGUUUUGAGAGCUUUAUGAAAGCCUAUAACACGGAAAGGGCAUUUAUUCUGCGUAUCCCCACCUCCUUUUCGAAGGCUUACCUUCCUCAGCAGAAAACAAGGUUUGUCCUAAAAAAUUCGAAGGGGAAAGCUUGGGAAGUUGCAUCUAAUUAUAACAAGAAAUAUCAUGCUUUUUCUGGAGGAUGGCGUGCUUUUGCCUGUGAUAACAAUCUCAAUCAAGCUGCUGUGGACAAGAUAUCUUUGCACUGAUUAAGCAAAACACACUCCCUUGCAGUUAUGUUAGCAAGCUCAGCCACCAAGGAGUUCACUUCCUCCACCUACCAAAAACUAGAGAUUUUAGAAUAGGGUGAAAAACUUAAAGCCUUGGCAAUGGCAGUGCAAUUGAUAGCUACAGAAAAUCAUAAAGAGAAGUUUCUGUUAAGCUAAAAUGGAAACGGAGUAUUGAUGAUGAGACUUGAUGAGCUGCGGAUGAGGAUGAGCUGCGGAGGAGCCAGCUUUGACGCGCUGGAGUGAGAAUGUCGGUGUGCUAAUCCAUCUCAUUGAAUUCCAUUAAAAUACCUUCCUUUACUAUCCAUCCCAUUCAACUCUAUAAUGAGAAGUGUGUGCGUAAAUGUGAUGUGAGUGAGUGUGAGAGUAUUGUGUUGAAGGUGAGAGAGAGAAAGGCGAGAAAAGAGUUAAGUUGAGUAGUGUCUUCUCUUCUUGUAUUUUCUCCCAAGUUAUAGUAAAUUGGGUGUGCUCCAUGGACGUAGGUCAGAUUAGACCGAACCACGUUAAA